AUGAAAUUUGAUUAUGAUUAUGACACUUUUUUUUCUGAAAAUUUUUCUUGUUCUCCAAUAAAUUGUAAUUUUAAUAAUGACAAUUUUUGUGAAUGGGUAUCAUUAGAUGAUGAUAGUGAUAUUAUAUUGACAUUUUCAAUGUAUCAAAUGAAUAUUAAGGAAUGGUCUUUAGAUAAUCAACAGAAAAGAAAAAAUUAUAUUUAUGCUGGUAAUACAAAUAAUCCAAAUGAUAUUUUUAUUCUUUCUACACAAAAAGAAGUAUUUUUUAAUCAACCUUCGAGAAUUUUAUUUGAUUUUUAUCAUGCUGGAAUACAUGGAGAAUUAAAAGUUUGUUUAAAUACAAUAAAUGAAUGUCCAUUUUCUUUUUCAUCAAGUAAUUUAACUAUGAAUGCUAGAAAAUGGCAAAAAGGUGAAAUUAUUAUUCCAAAUAUAUCAAAACAUCGUAUAUUUAUAUACGCUAGUGGUUUAAUAAACAAUUACUUUAUUGGAUUUGAUAAUAUAAGAUUGGUACAAUUAAAUACAUUUAAAAAAGCAGAUUGUUCAUAA